AUAAUUCAGAAUCAUAGUGAAUGACAUAACAGUAAAGUAUGCAGCGACUCACUAUGACUCUUGCAAUUUUAAAACCUGAUGUUUAUGCUCAUCCUAUUCAUCAUCAGAGAAUUUUAAAACUCAUUCAUAAGGAGGGCUUUGUUGUUGCCAAAGAAACUGUAACCUCGUGGAAUCGAAUUCAGGCUGAUAAGUUCUAUGAGGAACACAGAGGUAAAUUUUUCCAACAGAGGUUGGUUGAGUUUAUGUCGUCAGGGGAGUUUCAUGCAUUGGUACUGGCUCAUAAAACAGAAGAUGCUGUGACUAAGUGGAGGAAUUUACUUGGUUUUACUAAAUGUUACAAGACUAGACAGAAGAACCCAGACAGUAUCAGGGCACUGUAUGGUUUGUCAGACACUCGCAAUGCUGGUCACGGAUCUGACUCUCUUGAAAGCUUUGUAAAAGAAUCUAAGAUCCUAUUUCCUGAUUGGGACUAUGAGCAAUGGACCAUUGGUAACGGAGAAACGCUCAGUUGAAUCGCUUCAUUUUAUUUUAAUCUUUAUAGACAUCUUAGACAAAUUACUGCAUUACGACAUUUGGAUAGAUUAUUAAUUAAUGAGUUAACAAGGCUACAGUUUUCGAAUUUAAAUAAUCUUCAGGAUUCAAUUUUAGCUUUCGUACCGUAAUCUUUAUCUACUUAUUUGGUGAAAUAUAUGAUUUAA